AUGAGCCCCCUUGGGUGGGGGCUUCUGCUCGGCUGCCUGGGCUGUGCGCUCCCGCCGGGGGCCCGGGCGCAGUUCCCCCGGGUCUGCAUGACGGUGGGCAGCCUGCGGGCCAAGGAGUGCUGCCCACCGCUGGGCGCCGACCCCGCCAACGUCUGCGGCUCCCGGGAGGGCCGGGGCCAGUGUGCGGAGGUGCAGACCGACACCAGGCCCUGGAGCGGUCCUUACGUCCUGCGCAACCUGGACGACCGAGAGCGAUGGCCCCGGAAGUUCUUCGACCGGACCUGCAGGUGCACAGGAAACUUCGCCGGCUAUAACUGUGGAGACUGCAGGUUUGGCUGGACCGGCCCCAAAUGCGAUCAGAAGAAACCAUUGGUUGUCCGGCAAGAUGUCCAUUCCUUGACCCCUCAAGAGAGGGAGCAAUUCUUGGGUGCCUUAGACCUCGCAAAGUACACUCCGCACCCCGACUACGUGAUCACCACGCAACACUGGCUGGGACUCCUGGGGCCCAAUGGGACCCAACCACAGAUCGCCAACUGCAGCAUUUAUGAUUUCUUUGUGUGGCUCCACUAUUAUUCCGUCAGAGAUACAUUAUUAGGACCAGGGCGCCCAUACAAGGCUAUAGAUUUCUCACACCAAGGACCUGCCUUUGUUACCUGGCACCGGUACCACUUGUUAUGGCUGGAAAGGGAUCUCCAGCGCCUUACUGGCAACGAGUCCUUCGCUUUGCCCUACUGGAAUUUUGCCACAGGCAGGAACGAGUGUGACGUGUGCACAGACCAGCUGCUCGGGGCAGCAAGGCAAGACGAUCCGACUCUGAUUAGUCAGAACUCCCGAUUCUCCAGCUGGGAGAUUGUCUGUGAUAGUUUGAAUGACUACAACCGCCGAGUCACCCUGUGUAAUGGAACCUAUGAAGGUUUGUUGAAAAGAAAUCAAGUGGGAAGAAACAGUGAGAAAUUGCCAACUUUAAAAGACAUACAAAAUUGUCUGUCUCUCAAGAAGUUUGACAAUCCUCCUUUCUUCCGGAACUCUACCCUCAGCUUCAGGAAUGCCCUGGAAGGGUUUGACAAAGCAGAUGGGACCCUGGACUCUCAAGUGAUGAGUUUUCAUAAUCUGGUUCAUUCCUUCCUGAACGGGACAAGCGCUUUGCCACAUUCUGCUGCCAAUGAUCCUGUUUUUGUGGUCCUUCAUUCCUUCACCGAUGCCAUUUUUGACGAGUGGAUGAAAAGAUUCAAUCCCCCUGCGGAUGCCUGGCCUCAGGAGCUGGCACCCAUUGGUCACAAUCGGAUGUAUAACAUGGUUCCUUUCUUCCCUCCGGUGACUAAUGAGGAACUCUUCUUAACCGCAGACCAACUUGGCUACAGUUAUGCCAUUGAUCUGCCAGUUUCAGUUGAAGAAACUGCAGAUUGGACCACAGUGCUCUCAGUGGUCACGGGGAUGCUCGUGGUUUUGGUUGUCCUUUUUGCACUGCUGCUUUUCCUUCAAUAUAGAAGACUUCGAAAAGGGUAUACACCCCUAGUGGAGACACAGCUAAGUAACAAAAGAUACACCGAAGAAGCCUAG